GGGCCCAACGCGCCGCCCGGAACUGCCGCCCGCGGCCCGCGCUGCGCGGGGGGAUCGCUGUGGCGGCGCACCCGCCGGGGCGCCCUCCUCCUCCGCCUCCUCGGUCCCCUCUCCGACACCACUAUGGCUGCUACAGUGAACUUGGAGCUGGAUCCCAUUUUUCUGAAAGCCCUGGGCUUUUUGCACUCAAAGAGCAAAGACUCUGCUGAAAAGCUGAAAGCACUUCUUGACGAGUCAUUGGCCAGAGGAACUGACUCGAGCUAUCGUCCYUCUCAGAAGGAAGUAGAACAACCAAAAGUAUCUGUUACCAAACCUAUUAAGCAAGAGCCUAAAGCUUCAUCCAGUUUACCUUCUGGCAACAACAAUGGCAAGCCCACUGCAUCAGAAAAAGUGAAAAAAGAAACAGAAAAGAGAUCUGCAGAUAAAACAAAAGGGGAUCCUGCUGAAGGAGCWGAUGCACCAAAGAAGCCCAGAGUAGAGAAGCAAGAGGCUCGUUCCUCUCCUAUUACAGUUCAGACGAGCAAGGAUUUAUCCAUGCCUGAUUUAUCUAGCUUUGAGGAAACCAGUGCUGAUGACUUUGCUAUGGAAAUGGGAUUAGCCUGUGUUGUUUGCAGGCAAAUGACAGUUACUUUUGUGAAUCAGCUAGUGGAGUGUCAGGAGUGCCAUAAUCUCUACCACCAGGAUUGCCAUAAACCUCAGGUGACAGACAAGGAAGUGAAUGAUCCUCGACUUGUCUGGUAUUGUGCCCGCUGUACCAGGCAGAUGAAGAGAAUGGCUCAGAAGACACAAAAACCACCUCAAAAACCAGCUCCUGCAGUGGUUUCAGUUGCACCAGCUUUGAAGGAUCCAUUGGUCAAGAAACCAGAAAUCAAAUUAAAACCUGAGACYCCACCAGCUUUUCUAGCAUUCAAGAGAACAGAAGUCAAGACCUCAGCAGCAGUUUCGGGGAACUCUGCCAGUACAAGUGUUUCCUCUUCAGCAACGAGUGGCCUUACAGGAUGGGCUGCUUUUGCAGCCAAAACCUCCUCUGCCAACCCAUCAACUGCCAAACUGGGAUCGACAGCACAGAGUGCCAGCGGGAAACCUGCAGCUUCCUCAAAUAACCAGAAACCCGUGGGUUUGUCAGGGCUGGCGACUUCAAAAACGGGACUGGGGUCAAAAAUAUCUUCUGCCAACAACAGCACAAACCCCGUUCAGCUGAAGCCUCCCCCGCCGCUGACCCUGGGGAAGACRACGCUGAGCCGCUCGGUGAGCAGUGACAAUGUGAGCAAGGCGGGGCUGCCCAGCCCCGGCAGUGCCGCUCCCAGCACCAGCAGCCAGGGCGGCGGGAACGGCAGCAGCGGCUCCGCGGGGAACAGCGCCGGCAGCGCCGGCAAAGCUGCCGCAGACACCGGCAAUCAGUCAGCAUCCCUGAAGGGCCCAACCUCUCAGGAGUCCCAGCUCAACGCCAUGAAAAGGCUGCAAAUGGUCAAGAAGAAGGCUGCUCARAAGAAACUCAAGAAGUAGGCUGGCUGCGUGCUGAUUUUCUUGGUUGUGUUCUGUGAAAGAGCAGCWUCGCUGUUUUUUGUAAAGAAAAUACCCCAGGUACUGGACUGAAAGAGGUUAAAUCAGGGAAGCCCAAAACCUGUGUUACACAGGAGGUCUAACUUUAAUAAUUCUGAUAUUCCUUCUGCCUUUACAAAUCUGUGAAUUGAGUACAUUAGAGGAAUUCAUUAUUACAUGCUCCUGGUUUUGUAGCUCAAAGCACUGAAACUUGAAAUCAUAAAAGUUGGGUAUUUUUUAAUAUUGAAACCCCCACAUUUGUGUGGAUACUUAAUGAAUUGAACUUUCUGAAACUGUCAUUCUUAAAUGUUAAUAAUAAAAAGGAUUAUUAAUCUGAAAAGUGAUUGCCACUCCUCU